AAGUGGCUUUCCGUGAUGGAACACAAAUCUACACCUCCAUAAUUAAAUUUCUUCUUUUCCCAAACGAUUUUUGCUAAAACAAAUAAUAGUGGUUUGAACAGCGUGAGAUGACCGUUUCCCUCACGCGUCUCUUGUCUUCUCCCUAUAAAACCAAGCAAGACUCCAUUCGCACGCACCUCGAUCACACACUCUUCUCCCCGGUUCUUCUCGAGCUCACGUCACCACGACCCGGGCGCGUCAUGGCCGACCGCGUCCACCCCAUCCCGGCGCCGCCACAUCCCGCGUCCCCUCUGCCGCCGCCGGACCAGGAGGACGCGGCGGCCACGGAGACCACACCUCUCCACCCGACCUUCUACGGCCCGCCGGCGCCGCCGCCCGGGACGUACAUCGUCCAGAUUCCCAAGGACCAGGUCCUCCGCGUGCCGCCCCCCGACCGGGCCCGCCGGUACAAGAGCCUCGCGGAGCGUCCGGUCCGGCGCCGUCGCCUGCGCCGCGCCUGCUUUGGCGCCUGCGGGGCCGUGCUCUUCCUUGCUAUCUCCGCCGCCGUGUUCGUGGGCGCUGUGUACCUCGUCUUCCGCCCCCGCGCGCCCGCCUUCUCCGUCGCCUCCCUCUCCAUCCGUGGCCUUGACGCGGUCGCCCCUUCGCUCUCCCCGGAGCUCGACGUCACCUUGCGCGCGGACAACGGCGCGAACAAGAAGGUCGGCGUCGACUACCGCGGCGCCGGUGAGGUGGCAGUCUCCUACUCCGGUGUGCGUCUUGCGGCCGGCCAGUGGCCGGCGUUCCACCAGGCGCCGAGGAACGUGACGGUGUACUCCACGACGCUGAGGGGGACCGGCGUGAGCUUCAGCGACGAGCAGAGGAAGCAGCUGGCAGCGGAGCAGGCGGCGCGCGCGUUGCCGCUGACGGUGGAGGCGCGGCUGCCCGUGAGGCUGCGGUUCGGGAAGGUGCUGCGGACGUGGACGGUGGACGUGAAGGCGACGUGCCAGGUGACGGUUGACAAGCUGGCCGGCGAGGCGGCGGCGGCCAACAGAGGAUGCCGGGUCAAGGUCAGGCCGUUCUUGUGGUGGUGGUGGUGACUGGUGGCCGGGGCCGGCGACGGCGCCGGCGCCGCUUGUGGUUUUCAAUGUGCCAACGGCUAGCAGUAGCAACAGCGGCCGAGCAUUAACUGCGAAGUUAUUUGACGGUGGGGUGAAUUGAAUUUUGUAAAUUUCAGGCAUGUUUCUUGUGGUGUGGUUUCAAUUGUUUGAUUUGAGGAAAUACACUAUCAUUCUCAGA